AUAUUAUUCUUCCAUCUUUGUACUUAAUUUCCAGGAAAUAUCUCUUCAAUUGCUUUUGGCUUCUGGGCAUUGAGAAGUCAGCUAAAAGCCAGGAGCAUUUAUUCAUCGAAUGGAGGCGGUAUCCUUUGUUGGAGGUUCUCUUUUAUCUGCUGCAUUUGAUUUGCUAUCCGAAAAGUUGAAUGGAUAUCUAAGAGAUCAGCUACGCGAUUCAAAGGAGGAAAUACGUGCCCAGAUGGAAAGCUGGAAUUCUCUGUUGCCCAAAAUUACUGCUGUACUUCAACAUGCGGAAGAAAAUCAAGUUGCCAACCAGUUUGUGAAGUCAUGUCUUGACGAUCUCAGGGACUUGGCUUAUGAUAUGGAGGACAUACUUGAAGAGUUUGUGAUUGAUGCCAAGAGGUCUGAAUUGAUUGCAGAAUCUGAAGCCAGACCUGGCAAGCGACAAAGAAUCAUCUCCAGUAUCAAGAAUUUUUUUAGCUUUAAUAAGGCUAAGCCCAAUCAAGAGAUUAAUUCCAUGGUGAAGGUUCUGAGUGGUAGAUUGCAGAAAAUUGAUAAUGGGAUGCGUAGUUUGGACCUGACCAAUUUGGCUUUGAAAUUUGAGGAUAAGUCUCACAAAGUAGUUGCAAAAAGACUACCUGAGUCUUCUCUUUUGGAAGAUAAGGUGUGGGGUCGAGAUAAAGAUAAAGAUGCUAUUCUUCAGAGGUUGCUAGAAGAUGGAGGCAGUCUUGAACAGGGAUUUGUUAUUCCUAUUGUCGGAAUGGGUGGACUAGGCAAAACAACUCUUGCACGACUCAUCUACAAUGACAAAAAACUGGAAGGCAGGUUUGACUUGAUGGCAUGGGUUUGUGUUUCUGAUGAGUUUGAUGUUGCUCGAAUAACAAGAACCAUUUUAGAACAGGUAACUAGGAAAAAAUGUGUUUUUGAUGAUUUCGGUUUACUUCAAGAGGAAUUGAAAGGGAAGUUAUCUGGGUGCAAGUUUUUUCUUGUAUUGGAUGACGUUUGGAAUAAGGAAUAUGGCCAAUGGGAUGUCUUGAAGAGACCUUUCAUGUCGGGAGCUAUUGGAAGUAAAAUAAUUGUCACAACUCGAAAUAAGGAUGUUGGGACAAUGAUGAGAGGAGAUGAUGACGUUCACAAUUUAGAAUUGCUACAAGAUGAUGCUUGUUUGCCGUUAUUUACACGACAUGCACUGGGGAAAGAGAACUUUGAUGCACACCCAGACCUACGAGAUGUUGGUGAAAAGCUUGUUAAGAAGUGCAAAAGAUUACCGUUGGCACUAAAAACCCUCGGUGGUGUCUUGCGGGGAAAGUUACAUUGUGAUGAGUGGGAAAAUAUAUUAAACAGUGAGAUAUGGAGUUCAUCAGAAGAUAGAAAUGGAAUUCUUCCUGCCCUGAGAUUGAGCUACUGUCAUCUUCCUUCUCACUUGAAACGAUGCUUUGCUUAUUGUGCUUUGUUCCCUAAGGACUACGAAUUCGACCAAAGGGAGUUGGUUCUAUUAUGGAUGACUGAGGGCUUGUUACAGCAACAAUCAAAUGGAAAGAAGCAAAUGGAAGAGGAGAUUGGUCAUCAAUAUUUCCAAGAGUUGUUAUCAAGAUCACUCUUUCAACAAUCAAGCAAAGAUGAAUCACAGUUUGUGAUGCAUGACCUCAUAAAUGAUUUAGCUGUGGAUGUUGCCGGAGAAAUAUAUUGCAAUCUUGAACGUAGCAUGGGUGAUGGAAAAUUAGAGAAGGCUCGUCAUUUGUCAUUCACUCCACACUUUUAUGAAAUCUCAGAAAGAUUCACAAUCUUGGAUAAAUUGAAGCAUUUGAGAACAGUAUUGCCAUUAAGAGCUCUUAGUUACUGCACUUUCUUCUAUUUGUCUAAGAAAAUCUUGCAUGAUUUCCUCCCAACUUUAAAUCGCGUAAGAGUGCUAUCUCUUCACAGAUAUAAUAUAAGCCAGCUACCAGAUUGUUUUGAAAAUUUGAAACAUAUUCGGUACAUUGAUUUAUCUUGUACCUUAAUCAAAAGUCUACCAGAUUCAGUGGGUUCUCUUCUCUUCUUGCAAACACUGCUAUUAUGUGGUUGUUAUAAGCUUACCAAGUUGCCUAUGACAAUCGGGAAUCUAGUUGAUCUCUAUUAUCUUGAUAUCAAUGAUACACCAUCUUUAAAAGAGAUGCCAUCAGGAAUAGGCAAUCUUAAAAAACUUUUAACAAUGUCCAAAUUUAUUGUCGGGAAGGAAAGUUGGUUGAUGAGAUUAUCUUAUUUGAAGAAUUUGUCACAACUUCGAGGAAGGCUGUUUAUUCUAGAUCUCCAGAAUGUUUUGGAUGUUCAAGAGGCUAGGGAGGCCAACCUACACAAGAUCCAUGGUUUGGAAGAGUUAGUCUUGGAGUGGACUGCUUCUGAUAAUGAUCGAGAUGAAUUAUUCCUCGAAAUGCAGGUCUUAAGCUGCUUAAAACCUCAUUCAAAUUUGAAAAGUCUUGAAAUUUCUUGCUAUGGUGGCAAGAAUUUCCCUCCUUGGGUUUGUGAUCCAUCAUUAUUUUUCAAUUUAUCAACCAUGGAGCUCAACAAUUGUAAGAGAUGCACUUUGUUACCAUCACUUGGCCAACUACCUGUUCUCAAAAAAUUGGUUAUUAAGGGCAUGGAGGAAAUAGAAACAGUAGGUCUUGAGUUUUAUGGGCAGCAUGACUCUUUUCGAUUACUAGAGGAACUGGUGUUUCAAGACAUGUUAAAUUGGAAGGAAUGGAUUUCUCUUGCUGGAAGUGGAAGUGAAGGUGAAUUCCCUUGUCUUCGUAGGCUUGUGAUUUAUAAUUGUUGUAAGUUGUUAGGACAAUUACCCCACAAUCUUUCUUCACUCAAAGAGUUGGAUGUUAGAAGUUGCAAUGCAAUGCUUUUGAAGAGUAUGGGUGAUCUCAGCUCACUUGCUAAUUUGAGAAUUGAGGAAAUUUCAGGAUUGACUUGCUUGCGUAUGAGUAUGAAUCUUCCAUCAUUGAAAGAGCUGUGUAUUGAAAACUGCAAUGGGGUGCUUUUAAAGAGCAUGGUUGAUCUUACCUUCCUCACUAAAUUGAGAAUACAGGAAAUUGCAGAAUUGACUUGCUUGCCUAAGAGUUUUACACAGUCCUUAACAGCACUUGAGACUCUAGAAAUUGGAUAUUGCAAUGAUCUUACUUGUUUGUGGGAGGAAGGGACGGAAAUAGAACAAAGCUACUUGCCUUUCAAUCUUAAACAUCUUAGCCUUAAGCAAUGUAGAGCUUUGAAGUCAUUACCCAAUGCAAUGAUGGUGCAGAUGGAUGAAAGCAAUAGUAGCAACACUAGUAUGUUGAUGUUGAAACUUGAAAAGUUGGAAAUUUAUGGUUGUGAUUCUCUCAAGUCUUUUCCAAGAGGUAACUUACCCAUCACUCUUAAAUACUUGAGAAUAGAAUACUGUAAAGGUCUUGAGUCUCUACCUGAUGCGGAUGGUAACAGUGAAAUCAAUCUACUUUUGAAAAUAAAUAACCUUCCAUCUCUUUAUUCUUCUCAGGGUAGUUGUCAUCAGUUGCCAGCUUAUCUCAGGAAAUUUAAAGUUAGGGAUUGUGAGUGGUUGGAAUUAUUUCCAGAGAGGAUGUUGCAGCAUUGUACAGGACUCCAAACCAUUGAUAUUUACAACUGUAAAUUAUUGAAAAGUUUACCAACCCUUGAUUGCGUCAGCAGUCUAGUUGAAUUAUCUAUUUCCAGGUGUGAAGUUUUAGAGUCCUUACCAGAAGAGUUGUGGCUAUGCACUCCCAAUCUUAAGGAGUUGGCAAUACUAUGGUGUUACAAUUUCAGAUUCCUCCCAAAUACAAUGUACCAGCUGAAAUCUCUUCAAAGGCUAUGUAUGGAAGACUGCCCCAGCAUCGAGUUCAUUCCAGAUGGGGGUUUACCCCUAAACUUAAUAGAGCUUGCAUUAGUAGAUUGUAGGAAUCUUAAGUUCAUGCCGAGUACGUUGUAUCAGCUCACAUCGCUUCAGAGACUAACAAUCCCCGGGGGGGCUUUGAUGAUGGGAUUUGGAUGGGGCCUCCAAAACCUUGUGUCUCUUCAACAGUCGAUAAUUGAACAGAGAUUACCAGUGGAUAUAGUGCUGCCUUCUUCUUUAACCUCUCUUGAGAUCUGGAAUGAAGAAAAUUUGAAAGCCAUACCUGGAGAGCUCUUCCAAAACCUGAACUCCCUUCAAGAGUUAUUUAUAAUUGACUGCCCAAAGCUACAAUCUUUGCCAAGGAAAGCCUUCCCUCCCUCGCUUGGACUACUAUGCAUCAACAGGUGUCCGCAUCUAAAACGACAGCAUUUUGAGGCAAAAGGAGACUACUGGACUCUCACCUGUACCAUCCCCUGCAUUGAGAUAGAUGAGUUUGAGGUUAACCUCAGGAGCUAGCAACAAUGAAAAAAAAAAUGCCACUAUUCAAUGUGUUGCAGCUUCAUUCAGUCCUUGGAUUUGUUUUUUAAUUUUUUGGAUGACAAAGUCCAGGACCUCAUGUUUUUCAUUCUGAAGAAUUGGGAACACUUUUGAAACAAGGAGUUGCUGAUGUUCAAAUGAAAUUUUUCUGUAAGCUGGAACUGGAACACAGAUGAUUUUGCUGAAUUAAACAAGCUUGUAAUCUUACCAAGCCGAGCUGCAGCUUUACAAAAUUUUGUUUGGGAUUACAGAACUUACCCUCUAUUUGCAGCUACAAGCUUCUACCCUCCAAAGAACGCCUUCUACGGAAUGCAGGACAUGGAUUUUCUUCUAGUUUUUCUUGUCAUUUCCCUUGAUCUAGGCCAAUUCCAGGAUACAUAAAGGUGGAUGGAGUAAUGCUUCAAGGCAGCAUCAUGCACAAAUCAUUUCAAGGGGGCUUGGACUUUGAAUGUAUCAGGUCAGUGGAGCUCUAAAUUACAGAUAGUGGCUGGUUUUGAUCAACAUUGCAAAAACAAUUGAGAGACGGUGAGAGCAAGUUGCAACAGCAGAUUUAAGCUUGGUGACAUUUAUCCGAAACUGAUUGGAGAUUUUGACUUCCAGUUUUAUUUUGAUGAUGAUUAUGGCAUCAGUAAUCAAAGAAUUUAUUCCUAAUGAUUAUUGUUUGUUGUGUACAACUUCUAGUGUUUCCUAGAAUAGAAUAAACUUUGUAACAAAGUUAGCUUUAUAUUUAGUGGAUAUUUUUUAAACUGAACUAGGUCCCAUGAUUUUUUACCCUCAAGGAUUUUCCACGUUAAAAAAUCUGAUUUCUUGUU